UCAUAGAAUUUUUUCCAAAAAAAAACAUGUAUACUUUGAAAUCUUUAAGAAAUUCUUUAAUUAAUAGUGUUAAUUCAAGUAGAAAUUCACUUGUUGUGAAUUCUCGGAGUCUACAGCUAUUUAAGAAACCAAGUGACUCAAAGAAGGAUGUCGAGGAAGAGGAGGAAGAAUCAGCAAAACUUGCAUUUGAAGAUGAUUAUCAAAUAGAUCCAGAAUUAAGACAAAUGGUAAUUGACAGAAUGAGGAAUAAAUCACGUCUUAGAACCCAGCAUAGGAACUUCUUACAUGAUAAAGUGCCGUAUAAUCAAGCAGAGAGCUGGAUUCAUAAUACACUCAAAUAUAAGAGAAUGAUGUUUGGAAGAUAUGGAAGUGAAAGUAACGUUGAUCCAAGCUUAUGCUUCUACACAAAAACUGAAUUAGCAGAAAAGAAUGAAUAUGAACGAGUAGCUUUCCCAAAAACUGUCCAAGAAAUGAUUGCUUAUAAUCAAGACGAGAAACAAAAGCAAGCUGAAAGAAUCCGUACUCGUGAAGAGAAUAUUGUAGCUAAUCUCGAGAAGUUAGAGACAUGGAAGAAAGAUUUGACAGCAAAAAAGGAGAAAAAGGAAUCAGAAGCUCGAGUCGCUAAGGAACGUAAAGAUAGAUUAAUUGAAGAAGUUCGUAGACAUUUCGGAUACACAGUACAUCCAAAGGAUGAAAGAUUCAAGGAAUUGCUAGAAAAGAAAGAGAAGGAACAACGUAAAGCAAUGAAGGAGGCAAAGAAGCAACAGAAAGAAGCUAAAUUGCUCACUAAAAUCGCAGAACAGAAUAAAUCCAGUAAAGAUGACAAGGCAGAGAAGGUAGACAAGGAUGAGGAUUAGAAUCGAUAAUUACCAAUAGUCAUUUAAUAAAUUCAAGAAUGUUUUAAAGUU